AGAGAGGGAGAGAGGGAGGGAAUGGGAGGAGAGAGGCAGCUCUGGCGCGAGUGAGAGAGGGGAGGCUAUUUGGCAUAUUUGGCAGGAGAGGGAAGAAAGAAAGGAGGGAGGGAGGGCUGUUUUUGAGUGUUUGUGUGUGUGUGCCUGAGAAAUGAGAGAGAGAGAGAGAGAGAGAGAGAGAGGGAGGAGGGUACUGAGCUGAGAGAAAUCUGUCAGAUUCAAACACACUGCUCUCUCUCUGUGUGUGUGUGUGUGUGUGUGAUAGAGAGAGAGGGAUGAGAAGAGGAGAGCUGAGGAACAGAUAGAAAGAGACAGAGGAGGACCACAAAGUGAGGCCAGUCCACCUAUGGAUCAGCAUUCAUAUCAGAAACCCAGGGGAUUCCACGAACACAUCGACUGACAUCCCCACGAGUGCAGCCGAUCAACACUGAUGCUGAUCCCCUGCACGCAGCUGUAGAGCAGCAAGGCCGAGGAGUCAGGGGUGAAAGGUCACAGACUCGAGACCCGGAGCAGGCGCUGAGUUUGAAAAGGUUUCGAGAGGGGAGACUGUGAGGCUACAAGAAGAAUCAGGGUUCAGGAAGGAAGGUCUCAGUGACAGACGAGAGUCAAGGGGUCAAAGAUGAUGACAUCACAUGGAAAGCUGAGGAGGGAGAAGGGGAGUCUGGCCGAAUACGAAUCGCAGAUGAAAGUUAUCGUAUGAAUGAACUAUUCUUCAUGGACCAAUGGAUGUCCAACCACAGCUCUAAAAAUACAGCAGUACCUGCGGGCCCAACUGACCGACCAGAUCAAGAUUUUAGACUCUCAGGUGGAGGUGAAACAGCAGCAGCUCUCAGACCUCUCUGAGUUUCUCCGGCGUCGAGGCGACAUCGAGGCUGAAUAUGCGCGGGCCCUCGACAAACUCACCGAGAGGUUCACCCACAAGACUAAGAAGAAGGAGCAGUGGGGUCAGUCUGUGAGUCAGGUCUGGUCUGUUUUGCUGACUCAGACUCGUCUGGAGAGCCGGGAACACGCAGCACUGGGUGACACCUGCUGCAACACACUCACACAGCGGUUGACACACAGUACGGAGGAUACACACCGCCUGCACAAGCGGAGCAAAGAAGUUGGCAUCCAGAUGCAGGAUGAGCUGCUAAAGGUCACCACUGAGCUGCAGACGGCUCUGAAGACAUAUAACCAGUACCACACGGACUGCCUGAUAGCUGAGGGGAAACUGAAGGAAGCCGAGCGGUUGGAGGAGAGGCAUACCGGCAAGUCAGCUGAGCUCGGCCUCGGCCAAUCAGGAGGACAGAGGCGGAGUUCUGUCAAGAAGAUGGAGAGAUUGAUGGAGAAAAGGCAUGGCAGAGUGCAGGAGACCCAGCUGAAGUGUACUAAGGCUCGUAAUGACUACCUGCUAAAUCUAGCAGCAGCCAAUGCAGCCAUGAACAAGUACUACCUGCAGGAUGUCAGCACUCUCAUCGACUGCUGUGACCUGGGUUUCCAUCUGUCCAUGGAGAGGGUGAUGAAGUGCUACCUGGCCAGUAGGUGGCGCAUCCAGAAGACAGAGGAGACGGGGCUCAAGCAGCUGGAGGCUGCUGUGACGUCCCUGGACCAAGGCGGAGACCGAGAUGCGUUGCUACAGCAACACGAUGCUGCCUUCUGCCUUCCGUUCAGAUUCAACUACCAUCCACAUGAGGGAGACCAGGUGUGUGAGGUGAGUGCGGAGAGCCAGGUGAGGUACGAGCUGGAGACCAGGUUCCAGCAGCUUCAGUCUCGACUCGCUGCCGUUACCUUGGAAACAGAGGAGGUCAGUAAAACGCUUAAAGCCACACUCACAGCCCUGCUGGACACUAUUUGUGACAGCGACUGUAACCCCUCCCCCGACGUGCCCAGCAGCCUAUCACAAGAGCCCCCUGGAGGAAACACCGCCCUAAAACUUACCCUUGCCAAGCGUCGAGCCAAUCAGCAGGAGACAGAGACCUACUAUUUUACAAAAGUGAAGGAGUUCCUCACCAGCAGUUCUCUGACCUCCAAACUUCAAGCCAAACAUGACCUUCUACAUGAUGCCAUACAGAAAGCUGAGGCCGUCGACAGUGACCCUUCCAGAAUGCAAUGUGCUCGGUCAGUGCGUGUUCGGAAGUCCAGACCUGUUUCCCAAUUCUGCCACACACUCUUCACCACAGACAUAGUCUCCUACAUACAGAGCUCUGGACAGCAGAUUCCUGUGGUGGUUGAAAGCUGCAUCCGUUUCAUAAACCUUCAUGGCCUCCACCAUGAAGGGAUAUUCAGAGUUCCUGGAAUGCAGAGGGAGGUUAACCUCAUCAGAGAUGCAUUUGAGAGAGGGGAUGAUCCUCUGUCAGACAGUGAGUGUGACCUGGACUCUGUGGCUGGUGUGUUGAAGCUCUACUUCAGGGGUCUUGAGCCUCCUCUCUUCCCUUAUGACAGCUACUCUCAGCUGCUGGAGUGUGUCCAAAUCGAGGGGGUGACGGAGAAAGCUGCCCAGAUUAAAGCGAUUGUCUCCACCUUCCCACGGCCACUCCUCAUCGUGCUGCGUUACCUUUUCGCUUUCCUCAAUCACGUGUCUCAGUACAGUGAUGAGAACAUGAUGCAGCCCUACAACUUGGCUGUUUGCUUCGGUCCGAGCCUGCUGAGGGGGUUGGAUUCGGAUGACGCUGUUGCUAGGCAGCCACAGGUCAAUGAUCUUGUCAAAACCAUGAUCCUCCAACAUGACAUCAUCUUCCCCAGCCAAUCAGAACUGCCGGGCCCUGUCUACGAGAAGCACAUGACUCUGGAGCAGGAGUACUGUGAACCAAUCACAGAGGAGGGAGAUGGAGAGACUGAGCAUUUGCCCAGUGAGGACGAGUGGGAGGCAGUGGCUAUGUUCGACUAUGUGGCGAGAUCUCCAGCAGAGCUGUCCUUCAAGGUGGGAGAUCUUCUCAUCCUUCAAAGCAAGGCCUCCUGUGAUUGGUGGAGAGGCGAAGUGGGAGGGGUUAAAGGUCUCAUUCCUCACAAGUACAUCACUGUGCUGGAUGGGUCAGAGCGAGGGAAAAGAGAAGAAGGAGGAGGAGGAGGCAGCACUGGAAACCUGACAGCAGAAGAUCCACAGACGGAGAACACAACUCGGAUGCGGGUGAACAGCGACAGUGCUUCGUUGCCUGGGAGACAGAGAGGAAGUGAGGGGAGCCCCAGCCGAAAACCACCAACCUCUCCCGCCACACGACAUCUACCAGUGUCUCAGGAGCGAAGGCACACUUUGGACACUGUGAGACAGGGCGGCUUUAGACCCCCAGACAAACCUCCAUUUGUUCAGCCAGAGAGAACAGCAGUUGACAAGGAGAUGAUCAGCCGUCAGAUGAACUCGGUGUUCAAGGAGCUCCUGUCUCGCCAGCCUCCCGUGCAGCAGUCCACCCUCGCCAACCCUGCCGCUCCUGCUCCCUCUUCCUCCUCCUCUUCCUCCUCCUCCUCCUCUUCCUCUGUUCCUCAAGCUGCCCCCGCUGCCAAAAAAGUAGGAUUCGGGCUCAGAGGACGGGCCCUUUUCAGACCGUUGGACUGAGAGAGAGCAGAGGAUGACUGGAAUUACUGAUUUAUUAUUUGACGAUGAUGAUUAUGGUGAUGCUGAUGAUACAUUUGGUGAAGAUCUUGAUUUAUUUUUUUGACACGUGUAUAAUAUUUGCGUCUCUGCCAUCUCAUAGUGCCAUUAGUCCCGGUGCCGUGUUACUGUACGUCCAGUGUGUCUGUUUUCCAGCUGGUUUUUGGUCUUUUUAUGUUCUGGUCUGUUUUUGUUCUCCAGGCUUUUGCAGUUUUUGGAGAAUCAGGGAUGUGACAUCGCCAGUGAUAUCACCAGACUGACUUUUUAAAGUGGUUGCCAUGAUACAACAACAAAAGACUUAAGCUGCCCCCUAGUGGCUCACCCUUAUAAUGUUUGCUUUAUUUUAAAAAAGAAAAAAUACUCUUGACUCUUCACAUUUACUUCACUUGAAAAAUAUCAGAUUUCAGUUUGAACAGCAUAAUAUGUUUUUUAAAAAAUCAUGUGAUCUGGGAGGGUGUUUAUGGAACCCCAAAGUGUUCAAUAUACAAUAAUGAAAUUAUGAAAUCAAUAAUCAUACAGAUGAACUGAAGGAAAUCAACCAACAUUUAAGGAAAUAAUUCAAGACAUUUUUAAAAAUCAACUCAUUACUUUGAAAUGUUAUUUCACAAAAAAGACAUUUACAAAGACAUUUUUCCUGAUUACAUUUCAUGAUGUCACUUCAUGCCAACGCGGCUGUCACCACCAUCUCCCCUUUGAGCCAGUCACUUACCCCCUCCCCUGCAUUUUAAGCUAGCAAAAUCAGCAACUGCUAUAGAUUAGCCAGUUGACUCAUUUUAGCUAGAGCAGCAACAGUGUCGAUGUUAUCCUGAAUAAACCAAGCUCCCUCACACACGGAGAAAACAUGGACAAUGUGGACAAUGAGACACUAAUAAUUAAUAAAUUACAUAAAAUAAUAUUCCUAAAAUAAUUGUAUUUAAUGUAUCUAUCUAUGUGAAUGUAGCAUUAGCCUAACCAGGCUGCUCAUGCUACUGACAUAAAAGGUUGUUUGAACUAUUAUUCAGCAUCAAGUGAAAAGUGUUAGCACUGUUAGCUAUACGGCUAGCUUGUGUUGGCUUGAGUGACAACAGAGAAAGUCAUUUUGUUCGCCACAGAGUUGUGUCACAGAAUCAAAAUGUGGCCGAAGUCAUUUUGAAUUAAUGAGCUAACGUUAAUGUUGUCUCUUUGUCUCUAUGCUGAGUAACAAACAAAGCUAAAGGAAGUAACAGAAGAAUCUUCUGGGUUUAUUUACAGUAGCAGCUACGUGGUUGAUUCAGAAUUACUUUGACAUUGCGUUAGCUAUCAGGAGCUAACUGUGUUAGCAGUGUUCAGGGGGGUUGUGAAAGGUGAGAGGGCAGUGGCAUUAUAACAUAAAAUAUUUCCUACAGUAUGUGAUGAAAACAGCGAUAUCGUUUCAUUGAUAUCAAGGGGCAUCUGACUGAAUCCGACACAGUGUUAGGCAUUAAGAAUAAUUCCAUUGAAAUAGCCAAUCUUCUCGCUCAUGGUUUGGUUUAUGUGGGUCAUAUAGAGGCAUCAGUAUUAAAAUUAGACUGUUUCAUAACCAGUAACCAACUCCUUGUAGAACAUUUAAUAUUGAACAUUUUGGGGCUCCACAGAUGUUAUCUUGGAGAACUGUUAACAGUGAAGUCAGUACUUUAUAGCAGCAUGCAGCGCACACACACAAGGAUGGAAAACACAUUCCCCUUCAUAUGUGAUACAUGGCCUGAUACACGGGCCAAAACUCAGGGCUUUUGCAGAGUUAGAGACGGGCUAACUCAGGUUUGGCUUCGAAGGAAUAAGUAAGAGUUUCUCACUCAGGGCUUUGGUUCAACUGGAAACUGUGCCCUAGCCUCAAGAGCCAAAAUGGCCCCCAUAAGAGAGAAAUUCCUCUGAUUUAAACUGUGAAUGCAACGGCGACAUUUUGGAGCCGCGAUCGAAACUCUUGUCUCAUUCAUCCACACAUUUUGGCCCCCCGACUAUAUCCAGCACCAUCCACAGGUCCCAUUCAAAUGUGCGUUUCAGGAUUUUUGCAGUGUACAAUUACUUUGACUCCAAAAGCAUUUGAAAUGUUUUUUACGUUUUCCCCUCUGUUGUGUUUCAGUAUUGGAAACAUAGAAGUAGAAUCCUUUUUUCAAGCUGAUUCUGCUUCUAUGAUUGAAACGCCCUGUUGUUCUGGAUCACUGUUUGAUGAUGUCACUAAAUUUACUGUGUCCAAUUGUAUAUGUGGUAAAAAAAAUAUGAAUACAAUAAAGAUGACAAAGUGGUGAAUGAUUAA